AUGCAAACCCUGGACACACAUCCACGGGAACCGAAGACCGUUGCAGUUGUUCCGGAAAACGACGAACAGCACAUAGAAGUCAUCGAUGUAGGCGAAAACGAUGAGAAUAUGCAGAUGACGGUAGUGAACGAUGCAAGCCCUUCUGUGGCGAUGCCACUACUUGAACAGGACAUUUCCAUUGAGAACGAGAUGAUCAAUGAGCUGGACAUGUUUGUACCGGAGGAAGAGCGCUAUCAAAAGGUAGGGAUGUUCCAAAAUGUUACAAAUGGGUCGGAUAUCGCUGUUGUAGAAGAUUCUGGGAUGCUUGACGGACAACAUAUUGCUCGAGGCGCCCAAAUGGUUCACAUCGACGAAGAUGGUGCCACCUAUUUUUACGAAGGCGAAGAAACCGGAGAAAUUCUUGUGGAUGGAGCUACCUACGAGUAUCAAAAUAUGAAUAUGGAGGGGAACAACAUCUUCAUCGAAGAAGCAAUGCCGUCUACGUCAAAGGCCAGCAAUGAUCUACGUAUGCGACUGGCAAAACAGCGCCAUAUUGAUUUUGUCGUUAACAAAGUAGCUCGCCGUACAAAUAAUGGACGAACAAGAAGGCCGCUGACGAUUUACGAGUGUGAGGAGUGUGGCAAAAUAAUUCGGUACCCGUCCAAAAUCGAAGAACAUCGCCGAUCACACAAUGGUGUAAAACCUCAUCAGUGUCAUCAUUGUGGGCAACGAUUCUCCCAAAAAGGAGGAUUGACGUGUCAUUUACGACUGCAUACUGGAGAGCGUCCUUAUCAUUGCACUUGGGAUUGCGGCAAAUCUUUCCAUUCGAAUUCCGCUCUGAAAAUGCACGAAAGAACUCAUAACGGUGAUCGGCCUUAUUCUUGUGAAGUCUGUGGAAAACUGUUCUCUAAACGAUCUCAUUGUCAACGACAUGAACAGUCUGUCCAUCCCCGAGAAACGGCUCGACGAGCUGCACAUCAAUUUGGACUUGCUGCAGCGGGAGAUGAUGAAGAUCGGCUCCGUGAUGUGGUGAAUGGCGUUAUUGAGGAGGUGCGGAUAGAGCGCUCACUUCGAAGUGAAUUAAAGGCCGAAUUGGAUUAG